UAAGCUAGAGGUUUUUAGUUCUCUGUGUGGAGUACGGCUGCAUUGUUUCUACCAGUAAUUUGUGGGAUUUCCAAGCUCCAGUUUUUCGAAUAUGGCGGAAGUAAGUCUUGGUAUGCUUAUAGACAUUGUGGACGAAGAGUGGAUGAGGGACACUUUGCCUGAUGAUGAUCUUCCAUUGCCUCCAGUGCUUGCUGUUAAAACUGAUGAUACUGAAGAAACCAGUAUGGCUCUUUGUUUUUUUCUUUGCUUUGCUUUACAGUUUACAUAGCUUUAUGAUUCUUAAGGUCUAAAUUCUUUGGAAUAUAGUCUUUUCUUAAAACUGCUAGCUGUGAAUCCACACUGGUGAUGCAUUUCUGAUCCAAGAUGUUAAACACCCAUAUUGAGACCUUGAAAUGUCAUAAGGAAAGUAAUGGAGACACAUACGUCACUUUUUGUGAAACUCAGCAAGCAGAUGCUGAAACUUGGCGUGAUCUAGCUCUUGAUACACAGUAAUAGCCUCUUAAGUACAAUGGAAAAUUCUUACAAGUCUUGUUUCUCGUUGUGUAUGAUCAAAACCAAAACUGUUCCUGGCUUUGUAUUUUUUUUUGGUAGAAGAGGGGGGCGAACCCCCAUUUUUAUUAAAACUGAAAAACUAAAAAAAA